UCUCUCCCCCUCUCUCUAUUCUCUUCCUCCACUACUUCUGUUUUCUUUAUCAUUAUCAAGCACUGUAUUGAAGUAGACUCGAAUCUGAACUUGGGAAGAAACUCAGAAAGUGAAAGAAAGAGAUAGAAAAAAGAGGAAAAAAAUGGGGUCUCUGGGAUUUGAAACUCCGAAGAAGAAGGCAAUGUGGCUCUAUCCAAAGGUUUUGGGAUUUAAUCCUUCUGAGAGAUGGGGACACUCAGCUUGCUCUUCUCAGGGCCUUGUUUAUGUCUUUGGGGGAUGUUGUGGGGGUCUCCAUUUCAGCGACGUUCUUACGCUGAAUCUUGAUACAAUGGCUUGGAGCACUCUGACAACCAUCGGUCAAGGGCCUGGCCUGAGGGAUAGUCACAGUGCUGUCCUUUUAGGGCAGAAGAUGAUAGUGUUUGGUGGAACCAAUGGUUCAAAGAAGAUCAAUGAUCUUCAUAUCCUGGACCUUAUGACUAAAGAAUGGUCUCGACCUGAAUGUAAAGGGACUCCGCCUUCUCCUCGUGAAAGUCACACUGCCACGCUUAUUGGUAACAGCAAAAUAGUGAUUUUUGGGGGCAGUGGAGAAGGUGAAGCCAAUUACUUGAAUGACUUGCAUGUAUUAGACUUCAAAACAAUGGCAUGGACUUCACCAGAAAUGAAAGGAGAUAUUCCUGUUCCGAGAGAUAGUCAUAGUGCUGUUGCAAUUGGCAACAAGCUCUUUGUGUAUGGUGGAGACCGUGGUGAUCGCUAUAAUGGCGAUGUUGAUAUGCUUGAUAUGGACACGCUUACAUGGUCAAGGGUUGCCGUUCAAGGGUUUUCACCGCGAGCUAGAGCAGGUCAUGCUGCUGUGAAUAGUGGAACAAAGGUUUAUAUUAUUGGAGGGGUUGGAGAUAAACAUUACAACAACGAUGUUUGGGUCCUUGAUGUUAGUUCUUGCUCAUGGACUCAGCUCGAUGUGUGUGGCCAGAAACCUCAAGGGCGGUUUUCACAUACUGCUGUUGCCACAGGCUCGGAUAUUACAAUCUAUGGAGGGUGCGGGGAAGAUGAGCGCCCUCUUAAUGAGUUGUUGAUCUUGCAACUUGGAGCAGAACAUCCUAAUGGUCGUUACAACAUUUCUAUGUGCAAGAUUAUCGGUAAACAUUGGAAUCAAGAACGAAGAAGAUUCGCUGGAGGAACUGAAAAUAAUUUGAGAAGUAAGUUUUAUGGAAAGAAUGAAGUUUUACAAAAAGGAGCUCAUCAAGUGGAAUCUGAAUCGAUUCAAUCUUAUCGGCUGAUUUCAGAUUCUUCACAUCCAAAGAGGAAAAGAAUCUCCAAUUCAAAGGUGUGGGAGGCUGAGUCCGAGCAAGAAGAGCAUUCUCUCUCACUUUCCCAGCAUUCUUCUCCCUCUCAAUCGGACCAAGAACAGACCACAGUGCGGAAAACCGCAGAUUCUAUUAGAGGCAUGCAAGGGCUUCAUUUGCUCAAGCAGUUCAAUCAAAACCCCACCAGGUGCCAGCCCAACCAUGCUGCAAGCAACCAGAAAGAAGAUAGAAAUACACUCCAAAUAACUCCACAGGAUCUCCAAUUUCUUAGAGAACAUCAAAAACACGCAUUGCAUGUACAAUGUCCUCUUGUUGGUCAAGCAAGUCGACAAGGGAUGCAAUUUCUGAAACCCUUAGAGGCUGGGCCGAUUCAUAGCCUGGUUGGUGCUGAUGUGAGAGGAAAAGUUGAUGGAGCCUUUGAUUCGGGUUUGUUGAUGACGGCUACUGUUGACGGGAAGAUCUUUAGAGGGGUCUUGUUUGCUCCAGGAGCGGGAUCUAUAUCGAAAGGAGGUCAAACUUCAACGCAAAACGCUGUUGCUCUGCCAUUGUCAAACACGGCUCGUCUUGAAUCCUUAAGGCCUAUGCAGCAGUCAUUCACAACUUCCAUGCCUGAGUCUGGUCAAAACAAUCUGCAAACUCAAGUUAGUAGACCAUAUCAUCAACCAGUGAUUCGAGCCAACCAGUCUUUAGGGAAAGAUCCGAAGUCGAGAAGUGAUCUUCAAGGUCUUGUUCUAACGUUGGGAGGACCUGGACGUGGACUUUGAUUGAUGAAACACAGACAAACAAAAUGCUUUAGACUAUGCUAUAUAUAGACCCCAUCCCCCAGCUUGUGUAAAUUUCAGGCAGAGCAUUUUCUCCCUUUUAGGUUCAGAAAGUUAUGAGUUAUGAAAUCAGCCUAAUAUGUAGUUUAGCUUUUAUGUAUGUCGCACUACUUUUUUUUGUUACUAAUUACACAAAUAAAAAACUUUGACAC